GGACCUGGAAGGCAAUAAGAGAGGCUGGGUGGAGCCCAGCAGUGUUGUGGGUCUCAGGAGGCACAGCUCUGGGCAUCUCCACCAUGGCCUGGACCCCUCUCCUGCUCCCCCUCCUUACUCUUUGCACAGGAUUCGUGGCCUCCAGUGAGGUGACUCAGCCACCCUCAGUGUCAGUGGCCCUGGGACAGACGGCUAGAAUCACCUGCUCUGGAGAUAUGAUGGAGAAAAAAUAUACCAAUUGGCACCAGCAGAAGCCAGGUCAAGCCCCCAUACAGAUCAUUUAUAAGGAUAGUGAGCGGCCCUCAGGGAUCCCUGACCGAUUCUCUAGCUCCAGUUCAGGGAAAACAGUCACCCUGACCAUCAGCGGGGCCCGGGCCGAAGACGAGGCUGACUAUUACUGUCAGUCUUAUGACAUCAGUAGUGAUGCUUGGGUGUUCGGCAGAGGUACCCAUCUGAGCGUCCUAGGUCAGCCCAAGUCAGCCCCCUCGGUCACACUCUUCCCACCCUCCAAUGAGGAGCUCAGCGCCAACAAGGCCACCCUGGUGUGCCUCAUCAGUGACUUCUACCCCAGCGGCUUGACGGUGGCCUGGAAGGCAGAUGGCACCCCCAUCACCCAGGGCGUGGAAACCACCAAGCCCUCCAAACAGAGCAACAACAAGUAUGCGGCCAGCAGCUACCUGAGCCUGUCACCGAACCAGUGGAAAUCUCGCAGCAAAUUCACCUGCCAGGUCACACAUGAGGGGAGCACCGUGGAGAAAAAUGUGGUCCCUGCAGAGUGCUCUUAGGUCAAGGGACCCCCACCUACCCCAGGGGGUGUGCAGCCAUUGGACCUACAGGAAGGAUUCCCCUUGCACCAGGAUCAUCCCAGCCCUUCUCCCUUCAAUCAAUAAAAUGUCCUUUAUUCAAUCAGAAA